UACCAUUUACAUAUAUAACACAUAUAUACAAAUAUACAUUAUAUACAUAAUUGUCAAAAAUCUUUUUGUAUUUUGUAUAUUUUUAAAAUUAUUUUCGGUAUUUAAUUAAAAUUGUGGCAUGUUGAAUGUGAAUUACGUUGUCGCCUACAAAAGAAAAUCUAAAAAGGGUUACUGCCAACAACUUUAGCAUUCGAACGGAUGAUUUUGUGCAGAGGGAAAGUUUGAUGUAGACGACCAACCGACCGACCGACGAAACAAACAAAGAGACGUCACAUACAACUUACACAGCCAACAACGUAAAAAAUCAAAACUGAGCUUCCACCAAGUCCAAGACAGCCAAUAUGGACUAUGUGUAUUGUGGGGAUCCUAAUGAUCCAAUUGCAGGAGAAGAAAUGCUAAACGUCUACGAUGGCACUCGAUCAGCGAACCAUUACUCCCCAAAUUUUGGUGGCUUUAAUCUGGGCUCCGAACCAGACUAUAUGGAAAUGGUUCCCAUAUUGGCGGAUGGCGGUGAAAAUUUUGGAGUUUCAGCGGUUACUUUUGACAAUUAUGAAGAACUCUUGUGGAUGGGCAAUCAAGGGGGUCACGUAACAUCGUAUUAUCUUAGCAACACUUUGCAAAAGUACACAUCAUUCCAAGUGCAUCCUUCGGAUAUCGUGCGCCAAAUAUCUACAAUUGAUUCCGGCAUAUUGGCUUUGACCCAGACUUCGUUGCGACAUCAAAUACGCCGAGGAAUUCCGAAAUUUACACACAAGUCUAAGCACAUGACAGAGAUGGUGUGCAUGCAACAGUUGUCGCCGCAUCGUUUGAUAAUGGCUGGCCUUCAGGAUGAAAUGAUCGAUUUUGAUUUGAGAACAUUAAAGGAAACCAAAUUGGAACAUGUGGGCUCCGCUGGAUGUACAGUUUUGCGUCAAAACUCCCGCUUUCUCUUCGCUGGCGACCCCUUCGGAAAUGUAACUUUGCGCGACCUUAAUUCUCUGCAUGUUGAACAUACCAUAAAGACCCAUACAGGAAGUCUUUCGGAUUUCGAUGUUCAAGGCAACUAUUUGAUAUCCUGUGGCUACAGUGGCCGUCAAGGCACACUUGCUGUGGAUCGCUUCCUUAUGGUUUAUGAUUUACGUAUGCUGCGCUUAAUUUCUCCGAUUCAAGUGUUAAUUGAUUCACAACUACUGAAAUUUUUACCAUCACAAACUUCCCGUUUGGCUGUGGUUUCGAGCUAUGGCCAAGUCCAGUUAGUGGAUACGGUGGAAUUAAGUGAGCCACGUGUAUCUAUGUAUCAGAUCAAUACCACGGGUACUCCUUGUUUGCUAAGUUUUGAUGUUAGUUCAUCGUCGCAAGCUCUGGCAUUUGGUGAUCAAUCGGGACACAUUAGUAUUAUGACGGCAGUAAAUGUAGCCCAGCCACAAUUCAACAGUUUUUCGAGAGAAAUUGAGUUUCCCGAUCCCUUGCCCCAGUUGCCGAUUGUGCCGAUAACGGAUACUACAUUCCCCCUUUCGUCGAUUGUAUUGCCACAUUUGGUUACCGGAUCUCGUUGGUUCUCCGAUUGGCCAGCGGAGUUGCUCAACUAUCAGUAUCGGCGCCCCAAGCCCAUUGAUGCAGAAAUAUUGAAUCAUAUGAAAAUGCAAGGUCCCAUUGGCUAUUCUCCCAACCCUCGCACCCAGAGGCGCAACCAAAUACCCUACAUUAUAGAGAAUGCCAGUGGAAUUACUGGUUCCGGAAAUGGACUCACGAACACAAUUAAAUCUUCCGAUCCCGGUGUCAAGAUCAUACCGAGACGCUAUCGGAAAGUUGAAUUAAAAUAUUCUAAAUUGGGAACACAAGAUUUCGAUUUCGAACAACACAAUCAGACAUGUUUUGCAGGGCUGGAGGCCACCUUGCCGAAUUCCUAUUGCAAUGCUAUGCUUCAGAUUUUGUACUUCAUUGAACCGUUGCGACAAAAGCUAUUGGAACAUCGCUGCAGCAAGGAGUUUUGUCUUACAUGUGAAUUGGGUUUCCUCUUCAAUAUGUUCGACAAAUGUACGGGUAUGUCAUCCACACCAUGCCAGGCCAGUAACUUUUUGCGUUCUUUCCGAACUGUGCCGGAAGCAUCUGCAUUGGGACUUAUUCUGUCGGAUCGUUCGUCCAAUGUUAAUCUAAUGAAUUUGAUACAGAACUGGAAUCGUUUUAUUUUGCAUCAAAUGCACUACGAGAUUCUGGAGUCAAGCAAAAAUGGUCAUCUGAACCAUUCGAAAUACGGCAGUGUUGGUAAAAAUUCUGUGGACAUUGUGACCGAGGAAACGGAGGAAAUCUUCCAAGGCAUCGAUGUUAGAAAUGAUGAAGCUGCAAAGGAUGACCAGGACCAUGAGGCACGCGAACGUAGUAAGGUGAACACAGAAACCGACAUUAGUCGUCUGUUCGGCACAAAGCAAACAACCGUAAAUCGCUGCCUUAAAUGUAACGAGGAUAAGACAAAGCAGAGUAUUUUAUUGACAUGUAACCUUAGCUAUCCGCAUGGCUCGAAGGAGACUGAGUACUUUAGUUUUGGUAGCAUACUAAAGGGCUCUUUGAGUUCGGAGAAGAGCAUCCAGGCAUUCUGUGAAAAUUGCAAAAAGUUUUCGCCCACAAAACAAAUGGUCAAGGUUACAAGUCUUCCACAAAUAUUGACGGUAAACUGUGGUUUGAAUAACGAAAAGGAUUUGGGUUUUCUGAGAAGACAUUUGCAACGUAACAAUUUUAAUUUAUCCGAAAGCCCAGCUACAUUGAACACCAACAAACCCUGUCGUUAUGGCAUCAAUUGUUCACGCAGUGACUGUCAUUUCCUGCAUCCUGAUCGUAAAUCGCCGUCUAUGGCCUCCAGUACCCAGCAACAACCGGCAAACGUCAACAUAUCUCCAAGUGGAAGGCAAACUUCAUGGUUUCCCCUGUCGUUUUCAAUGUCUCUAAAUGAUCAGGGAGAGUUGAGUGUGCAAACCGAGAAUAGCAACACCAAGCUGGCAGUGGAAUCCAGUGAACGUAACCCAAAAAGCAAUGAGAUUCCCAGUGGUGUUACCGAAUCGUAUCGUGAAUAUGCCCUACAUGCCGUUGUCUGUCAAAUUGAUGAUGGAACUCAGAAAAAUCUGGUUUCUCUAAUAAAUGUUAGCAAGAAAUAUCACACCAUGAAAAUGGAGACCAUGAACGGCUCCGAGGAGCAACAACAGUGGUAUAUUUUCAAUGACUUUUGUAUUUCGCCCGUCUCAAAUCAGGAAUCAGUUUGGUUUACAUUGGAUUGGAAAGUGCCUUGUGUAUUGUUUUACAGCAGUGUCAACACAGAGAAAAACGAAAUACUGGAGUGCAUGGUCGAUAUACCGCACAACGAGCCGCAACCAUUGUACAAUCCAUUCUUGGAGGAUAUUGAGAAUGUGGCCCAUGGCAGUAAUGCCGGUGAUCCGUUGUUUAAACCUCUUCAGUCCCAUGAAAUGCCCCAGGCCGGGGAUUUGGUGGCCAUGGAUGCGGAAUUUGUUACCCUAAAUCCGGAAGAGAAUGAGUUACGUCCAGACGGCAAAACAGCAACCAUAAAACCAUGUCACAUGAGCGUGGCGCGUAUUUCAUGUAUUCGAGGACAAGGCCCAGAUGAAGGUGUCCCCUUCAUCGAUGACUACAUAUCUACCCAGGAAAAGGUUGCCGAUUAUCUGACCCAAUUUUCGGGCAUAAAACCGGGAGACUUGGAUGCCAAUUUCAGCAACAAACGUCUAAACAGCAUGAAAAAUUCAUAUCAAAAACUAAAGUAUCUGGUGGAUGUGGGAGUCCUGUUUGUGGGCCAUGGUUUGAAGAACGAUUUUCGCGUCAUAAAUAUAUUUGUACCCUCUGAGCAAAUCAUUGAUACUGUCCACCUGUUCCACUUGCCACAUCAUCGCAUGGUAUCAUUGAGAUUUUUGGCUUGGCAUUUUCUGGGCACCAAAAUCCAAUCGGAAACUCACGAUUCGGUGGAAGAUGCCCGCACCACAUUGCAGCUGUACAAACACUAUCUGCAGCUGCAGGCGGAGAAGAAAUUCCUGGCAGCCCUUAAAAAUCUCUAUGAUCGUGGCAAGCAAUUGCAGUGGAAAGUACCGGAAGAUUAGAAGGAGCAUUUAACUUAACUUUAGUAAGGAAACAUUGGAAAAAAUCCCGUCGUAAAUUUGAAAAAAAAAAAAAAGAAAACAACAAAGUACAAAAUGACACUCAACUGAACCGUACCGCGAGCAACAAAAUUGUUAUUCCAUUUUAAAUGACAUUUCGGCACAUUAUUAAAAAACAAAAAAAAAAAAAACAUUUUUCUAUAACUUUUACACAAAUCAACAAAAAAUCUAUUAUUGUAUUUUUUGUUUAUCUUUCGUCUGAGACACCAACCAACCGACCGACCGACACACAAAUAAUGUCCGAAUAAAAACAAUAAGAAUGUGGUCAAAUUUAUAUUAAAACAAAAA